GCCUGCGCCCUGGGGGACCGUCAUCGAGUGAGUGAGUGGCGGAGUGGUGAUUCAGUACUUUGAAGAGGAAUAGGGUUGUGAGUGGAAGACCUGUUUGGCAAGUUCCAUGUGUAUUGUGUAGUGUUUAAGGAACGUUCGCCCAAAAUGCUAAUUCAAGAAUUCCGAGUAACUUUGCCCCUAACAGUCGAAGAGUAUCAAGUAGCGCAAUUGUAUAGCGUCGCCGAGGCGUCCAAAGACAAUACGGGAGGCGGCGAAGGAAUCGAGGUACUUAAAAAUGAACCGUUCACAAACUACCCUCUGCUCGGCGGCAAAUACAGCUCGGGCCAGUACACGUACAAAAUUUACCAUCUCGCCAGCAAGGUGCCCGCGUUCGUACGGUACCUUGCCCCCAAGGGUAGCCUGGAAAUACACGAGGAGGCGUGGAACGCGUAUCCCUACUGCAAAACCGUCAUAACGAAUCCCGGCUACAUGAAAGAGAACUUUGUCAUUUGUAUAGAAAGUAUGCACAUUGGCGACAUCGGCGAUCAGGAAAACGUCCACGAGUUGCCGCCCGAAAAGCUGAAGAUGCGCGACGUCGUGCACAUCGACAUCGCGAACGAUCCGAUGAGCCCGAGCGACUACAAGGAGACCGAGGACCCGACGCGGUUCAAGUCGACGAAGACCGGACGCGGACCGCUGGUCGGCCCCGACUGGAAGACGAAAGUGAACCCAGUCAUGACGUGCUAUAAGUUAGUUACCGUAGAAUUUAAGUGGUUCGGCAUGCAGAAGCGCGUCGAGAGUUUCAUUCAAAAAUCGGAGAGGCGGUUAUUCACGCACUUUCAUAGGCAAGUUUUCUGUUGGAUGGACGGCUGGCACGGUCUCACGAUGGAGGACAUCCGCGCGAUAGAGGACAAGACCAAGGAGGAACUGGAGGCGCUAAGGAAGAAGGGGGAGGUGCGCGGCAUGAAGGCGGAGCUAGAUUAA